AUGGCAUUUAGUGUAUUGGAGCCAUUUUUCUGGGCGAUUAGCCAGAUUUUUGACAUUAACAAGCGGAUUAUUCACUAUAUCUUAUGGACAAUGUUUCCAGACCAGACUGAAUAUAUGGUUGGACUGAUCAAGCAAGUAUCAUUAACUAUUUUCACGUUUUUCUUCAAGAGUGCUAUAUUGUGAACAAAGAUAUUCCUAUACACUUCUGUUUUCUCCUCUCUAGCUGGGCUCAGUAUCCUGGUUUCAUUUGUUACUUACUCAUUGUUCUAUCAUUUCUAUAUGCCGCAUGAAUACCAGAGGCAGGAGCUAGUAUUUCUGGAGAACCAAAAUUCCCUCUUGGCUGAGCUCAGUCUUGAUUGAUAUAGUUAUGAGAAAGGUGUUCCUCCCCCAAGCGAUUGUUUAAUCCUGCAGGAUCAAAAAUAUAUGGCUUUCCUUGACAUGGAUAUAGUGGAAACUGAGGAUACUGAGAAAAUUGUUUCUAUUUAUACAAGUGCUAAAUUAACUUCUGUGGACAAUCAUACAAAAACAUUUAACCAAAGGUCGAACAUUAGGUACAAAUAACUCCUUUGUAAAGUACCUGCAUAUGGCUGUAUUUUCUAUUCCACAGCUUGUCGGAUUCUCUGAUGAUGACCUUCAGAAAGUGAGCGUGCCUCUUUUCGAUCAUGUUGAUAAUACAGUUUUUAAUAUUAGUGAUAUCUCUAUUACUUUGAAACCUCAAUUGCUGAGGUUUUACUCAGCUGAGAUUUCGAUAACAGCUCAGCUCGGAGGAAUGCAGUAUUAUAUGAAGAAGUGGUUCCUGUCAUGCUUGCUCAUAUUCGUCGGUUCAAUGGCAUCAUGAAUGUUCAUCUACUGAUUUGUAAUGAUCGUUACCUUCUGGGUAAUCGUUCGAAACAAGAUAAGGGAUCAUCUCGAUUUCAAUGAACCUGAAAAUUCCUAUAUCAAAUUAUUUAUUCUAAGGUCAAUAUUUUAG